CAGGCUGUGAAUGCUAACAAGCCCCGUCGUAAUCAUACAGCUCCGUAGGUAGGGGAUUGAUUUACAAAACAUCUUGCAAUGGAGAGAAACGACGACCACUAUUAAAGACCUACUAUGCGCCAGUGUCGCGUUCGCACAGCGCGCGUGCAGCAGCCUCACCGUCGUCGGCACGUUUGAUCAGAAAAAAACCGUCUUUUUUCCAGCUGAGUGAAAUGUAUCGCGACUGCUCGGGAUUCACAUUCUGACAAUGGAGAUUGAAAAUAUCGUGGCCAACACGGUUCUCCUGAAGGCGAGAGAAGGUGGAGGAGGGAAGAGGAAUGGCCGCAGUAAGAAAUGGAAGGAGAUGCUCAAACUCCCCCACAUCAGCCAGUGUGAGGAGCUACGCCGCACUGUUGACAGGGACUACACCAGUCUGUGUGAGAAGCAACCCAUUGGUCGGUUGUUAUUCCGUCAGUACUGUGAUACCAGGCCAGAGCUGAAGCGCUGCAUCGAGUUCAUGGACGCUGUGGCCAUGUACCAACUAGCUCCUGAUGAAAAGAGGAGGGACUGUGGACUGAAUGUUUUAGACACAUACUUUAAUAAUGGGUCGGCAGCCCAUCUGCCAGACGUACCGCAGGAGGUAGUCGCCGGGUGCCGUGAGAAGCUGGAGCAGAGUCCGUGUAAGGAGCUCUUCAAUGACUGCUACAAAAUAGUUCGUGAUUAUCUGAGUGGAGCUCCAUUUUCCUCCUACCACGAGUCCAUGUACUUCUCUCGCUUCCUGCAGUGGAAAUGGUUGGAGAGGCAACCAGUAACCAAAAAUACCUUCAGACAUUAUAGAGUACUAGGAAAAGGUGGAUUUGGCGAGGUUUGUGCCUGCCAAGUACGUGCCACCGGUAAGAUGUACGCCUGUAAAAAGCUGGAAAAGAAACGAGUGAAGAAAAGAAAAGGUGAAGCAAUGGCACUAAACGAAAAACGCAUUUUAGAAAAAGUUAACAGUAGUUUUGUAGUUAGUUUAGCAUAUGCCUACGAGACCAAGGAUGCACUGUGCCUGGUGUUGACCAUAAUGAACGGUGGUGACUUAAAAUUCCACAUCUACAACAUGGGCAACUCAGGCUUCGACGAGCAGAGGGCCAUCUUCUACGCUGCCGAGAUCUGCUGUGGCCUCGAGGACCUGCACCGCGAGAGGAUAGUCUACAGGGAUUUGAAACCUGAAAACAUUCUUCUGGAUGAUCGUGGACACAUCCGAAUUUCAGACCUGGGCCUUGCCGUUCAAAUCCCUGAAGGAGAGACGAUACGAGGGAGAGUGGGCACAGUUGGAUACAUGGCUCCCGAGGUGAUCCAGAACGAGAGCUACACCUUCAGCCCGGACUGGUGGGGUCUGGGCUGCCUCAUCUUCGAGAUGAUCCAAGGCCAGUCGCCCUUCCGCAAGCGCAAGGAACGCGUCAAGCGGGAGGAGGUGGACAGACGAGUGCGCGAGGACCAGGAGGAGUACUCCGACAAGUUCGCCGAGGAGGCCAAGGACAUCUGCAGACUGCUCCUGGCCAAGGACCCCAAGGAGCGGCUGGGUUGCCAGGGUCGCGGGGCCAUCGAAGUCAAGCAGCACCCCAUCUUCAGAAACAUCAACUUCAAACGGCUGGAGGCCAACAUGCUGGACCCUCCCUUCAGCCCUGACCCUCGAGCCGUGUACUGUAAAGACGUCCUGGACAUCGAGCAGUUCUCCACAGUCAAAGGCGUGAACCUUGACCCCACCGACGACGACUUCUACCACAAGUUUGUCACAGGCAGUGUCUCCAUCCCGUGGCAGAACGAGAUGAUCGAGAUGGAGUGCUUCAAAGAAAUCAACGUCUACGAGACUGACGGGACGCUGUGCUCAGAUCUGGACGUGAACCGGCCUAACCCUCCACCAAAGAGAGGCUUCUUCUACCGCCUGUUCAGAAGAGAGGUCUGUUUUAAGAGCGGUUACAGCGACGACGAGAUUGAAGAGCCCUCGCGACUUUAAACCACUCCCUCCACCUCCACCUCCACCUGCCUAAACCCCGCCCUCCACCCAACCGACCCCCCCCCUCCACCCCCCCCCCACCCAGCCUUGCCCUCUCAACCCGCCGCUGAACUUCACCACAAACUCCAACCGAGCGCAAAUCUUAGGAACUCAGUGAAUGUUGACAUGUAUUUAUGAGCUGUAUUAAAAGUGUAUUAUAAUUAAAGAAAAAAGUAUGAGUUUAAAGAUUUUGUACAUUUGUACUUGAAUUUAUGUCUAGAUGUAUAUUUUCACUAAAGGUUGUAUUGUACAAAAAGCCAUAAAAGUACCACUUGAAUGCAUACAUUACAUUUUUAUUUCUUUUCUUUUUUUUCUUUUUUUUAAAAAAAUUUCUUUUGGAAUGAGUAUGGAUAAAUGUGUAUUGGGGAGUUUUUUUUAAGAAUCACAGUACCAGUUGUCUUUUUUAUUUUUCUCAAUGUAGCAUAAGGCCUUUUUUUAUUUUCUUUUUUUUUCUUUUUUUUCUUUUUUAAAUAUGUGCUGUAUGUUUAUCAUUUUAUCAUUGAUUUGGCCAAUGUGACGUGUUGUUAGCACAUCAGACCCGCCCGGUCCCAAACAAACCCAUAGCCUCUGUACCCCCCCCUCCCUCCCCCUGCCCCCUUCAAGGCUCGGGUAGAUCUGAUUGAAGCUUGUAGAUCCAAAUAUUAAGGGGAAAAAUAAAUCCAGUCUAACAUUGCUGCAUUGCUGAAACCCUUCCCAUACGUUUCCACCUUAAACGUCCAUCUGCCCUUUUUAACUUUUGAUGGAAGGUGACAGAGUUGCUUUAGAGGUGAUAAUCCAUGUCCUUCCAAUAGGCAGGUUGGGUGGCAAGUAUCAGCAGCGUGGAUUCAUUUCUGACAAUCUUUGAGUCUGCAACAUAAGAACCCUUAAAAUAAAGGACAUAUUACAGAGGAGCCUUUUCCAUAAUACAGUACAAAGCCUGAUAAUUAUCAUUAACUAAAUGUCUGUCACAAUAUUCACUCAGACAGAUCAAUAUUGGCGAUUCCUCUUAAUUCCUCAUCCUUAUUUUUAAUCCUGCUUCUCUUCUGUUGUGCUACCCGGCUUUACCUUGUUUUACCUGAUGUGUCCCCCAAUUCCGACCCCCUUUCCCUCAAAUUAUUGCUCUCCAUAUUUCUUAGUAUACCAGAACGCCUGGGACUGGUUUGACUCAGAGAUUUGAAUUGAUUGGAACAUGAAGACAGAUGAUGAUGAUGAUGAUGAUGAUGAUGAUGAUGAUGAUGAUGAUAGCAGCACGAUAUCAGAUCUGACCUGCAGCCACCAACGGCUUCAUCUAGAUAACAAACUACCGUUGCAUCAAACUAACUUCCAUUGAUUCAGCUGUCAGCAGCUAUUAGCCUCUCGCCCUGGGUCUCGAUACGGCCCGCUUUUGGCCCCUGCGCCUGUUGAUCAUAGAUAGCACGAUGCCCGUCGGCCACAUAUCCUGCUAGUAGACCUCCAGCUAUAAUCCUGUGGCUUUAGCUGUGUUUGUUCUAGAUUUAAAAAAAAAAAAAAAAAGAAAGAAAAGAAAAAAAGAAAUCUGUUAUCCCGUAAUAGCGCCCACCUUUUUACUAUUCCAUUCAAAAUCAUUUAUGUUGUUCUCUCAUAGGAAUGACUUGAGAUGGUUGCGUGCGUGCGUGCGUGCGUGCGUGCGUGCGUGCGUGUGUGUAUGUGUGUAUGUAUGUAUGUGUGUGUGUGUGUGUGUGUGUGUGUGUGUAGACGGUGAGAAACAGGUGGAUAGUAUUUUAUCUCCUGCCUGCAGAAUUACCAUCAUCUGUGUACAGGAACGCUCGACCACUUGCAGAACCACAACUGUUGUGCACUUUUUUUUUUUUUUUUUCUCAUAGAGGCCUCCAAGUUAACCAAUCGUGGACAAAUAGACUUUCUGUGCAUUACCCCACCAUGUCAUCAUAAGGACUUAACAUGUUCACUAUUUGUGUUUGUUCUCGCUGGCAUUUCAGAGGCAUUUGAAGCCAUUUUUGCUUGUGAAUUUUUGCUUUUGAGUCAGUCGCUGUUUACUCCCCCCCCAUCACCUGUUUUUUUUAAUUUUUUUAUUUUUUUUUAAUGCUGUGAAUACCCAAUCUGGACAUGUUAGCUUCUUUUGUGUAUAUGAUACUGUAUGCAGAUGCAGCUUUCGUUCAGCCUAAUGCAUUGAAAUAAAUUUGAUGUGCUAUCCAAAUUGUGAAGUUAGACAUUAAGUUACUGAAAGGGGGUUGGUUCAUUUUUCGAUUCUACAGAUUUUUUUUUUUCCACAUCACGAGUUAACAAAACGAAGCAAUGUCUGCAUUUUGUCAGUACAAUAGAUCAAAAAUCAUGUAGGGAGCUGAAUGUCAACUCGACUCAAAACUUGCAUAUAUGUGAAAUGGUACGCAUAUAUUUCCCCAUCUGGUUACUUAUUUGGAGAGUUGGCUUGUUUUUCUAGAAAUUUUGUCCCCUGUUGCACAUUCCAUGAUCAAAAUCAGGAAUCAAACGCAUCUAGCUGUUGCUGGCUUGUCACUUGAGUUUCUGAGUGUUUUGUUCUUAUUUGUUGCUCUCAGGCACAUUUUGAAGCUGAUUUCUCUUGCCUAUGUAGAUUUUAGCCUUUUAGCUCUUUAGCCUCAAAAACCUUGUAAAUGAUGUAUUUCUAACAUGUAAUUAAGCUCUAACACACAUUCACUCACUCUCACAGGGAAACCAAACUGUGUUCGCCACCCAUGCCUCUGUCAUUGUUUGGAGUAACUUUACUCUUCUAUCAUCCAUAUAGCAGUAAAUAAAUUCUGUUUAGUUUCAUUGCACUAUGGUGUGUUUUGACAAUGACUAUAGGAAGUGUCUUUAACUUUUUUGCCAAUGAUACCAAAAGCAACAUUGAGUAAAUCAAACGUGUUUUGUUAUCUGAAGAAUUUACUGAGGAAAGACUGACAGCCUUUAUUGUAUGUGCCAAUUACCGAGUUAAUUUAUGACAUCCCACCUUUUUUUCAACCUCUCAAUCCUUCCGUCCAUUCUGAGAGAAAUUCCUUCACAUAAAGGAACUUUAAACAGCUCAACAGUUUUGAAUGUCCGCACUAAGUGCAUUGUAAUGCCUGUUUUAAAAAAUACAUAUGUUUUAUUACUCAAGCAUGUAUCGGUUUGUAAUACUUCAGGUUCCUUGUAUAUGUAAAUGAUGACCUUCUAGUGCCAACAUAUCUCACUGGUAUCUGAGGACAACUUUAUAAAUGGCAAGGUGACCAGCUGAGCUGGCCCUGUUUGAAUACGUAACAAGCAUCUCUUCUCUCCUGCCUUCCUCAAAGGUGGUGAUGGGGAGUCAGCUCCGCUAAAACUGAGAUGACCCUCACCAACAACGUUCAGAAGUGAGAGACCCUCACUUCCUUGAUGUCACAUAAGUCUAGUUUUGGGAUAACCAUCGAUAUAUGCCUAGAGAUUCUCCUGGGUUUCACAUUCUGUCCAGAUAUGUCAGUGAAGUGACUUUUCAAGGAAGCGAGGAAUAACAAAUGCUUUACUAGUAUUCAAACGGGACCUGGGACUUCUUGAUUUUUUUUUUCUUCUUUUUGUAUCUGUACAGUCAUGUCGUUCAACCACUGCAGUCAUUGUUAAUUCUUGUACAAGUUGUAUCACUGGUUGUUGUACCAUAUCUGACAUUUGUAAUUAUGAAAUAAUACACUGCCAUUUGUAUAAAAAAUGUGUGUCCUGACUUAUUUGUGUCAUAUCUUAAUGUGUUUGUUUUUCUGUGAAUAAAUGGGCAUAGA